AUGCGGCUGCCAUCUCCGUCCCUCGACCUCCGCUUCCCUGCUGGCUGCGACUCCGUGUUUCACUCGCAAGUGCCAACCACGACGGACGUCGACGCGCGCGUCACGGACGCGAUCGAGUCGACGGCGACGGAGGGCGCGCGGCCGCUGCGCAAGUUCAAGCUGCGCGAGGUGCGCGACAUGUGCGACGGCUUCUCGUCCAAGUGCCCCGUGCUGGGCGAGGGGUCCUUCGGCAUGGUGUACCGCGGCUCGGCGGAGCUGGACGGGCGCGCGGUCGACGUGGCGGUGAAGCGGCUGAGCGCGGAGAGCCAGCAGGGCGUUGACGAGUGGCUGGCGGAGGUGCUGAUACUGGACCGGCUGCGGCAUGGGAAUCUGGUGGAGCUGGUGGGGUACUGCAAGGAGAAGGGCGAGUGCCUGCUCGUCUACCACUACUACGCCAACGACAGCGUUGAAUCCGCCCUCUUCAACCGCAAGCGAGCGGGGCAGGAGCCGUUCUCAUGGGAGCGGAGGGUGAGCGUGGCGUGGCAGUCAGCAGAGGCGCUGGCGUAUCUGCACGCCAACGACGUCAUUCACCGCGACUUCAAACCCUCCAACGUGCUGCUCGAUGCGGACUGGACGGCGAAGCUGAGCGACUUUGGGAUGUGCAAGGAGCAGGAGGCGGGCAAGUCACACGUGUCCACUCGGGUCAUGGGCACCCUGGGGUACCUCGACCCCGACUACAUGGAAACAGGGCUGCUGCGGCAGAGCUCGGACGUGUAUGCCUUCGGAGUGUUUCUACUGGAGCUGAUCACGGGCAAGCGCGCGGUGUCGGACACGGGGCAGCCGCUCACCAGCUGGGUGUUCCCGUUGCUGGACCAGAAGAAGCCCGAGAUCGACCUGCUCAUCGACUCGGUGCUGGAGAGCAGCUUUGACCGCGACAGCGCGCUCAAGAUCGCAGUCAUCGCCAAGUUCUGCAUCGGGGAGGAGGAGCUGCGCCCCGAGAUGACCGCCGUCGCUGAGAGGCUCAAGAAGCUCGUCGCCUCGUGA